AUGGCAUCUGUUAUAUCGGAUAUCGAGUUAAAAUCACAAAUUGAUCGAACAGUCGCGGAUGUUGAUCUCGAUGCAGUCAAUGCGGCAUCAGCGAAAAAACAAUUACGUUUUCGGACGUAUAAAAAUCUCUUCGUGCUUUGUACGGCUUUUCUUCUUCAAUUUACAGCAUUCGGGGCUAUCGGAAAUCUACAAAGCUCAUUAAACACAGAGGCCAAUGUUGGUGUGAAUUCUCUCUCGAUUAUCUACGCUUGUUUAAUCUUCUCGUCGAUAUUUUUACCACAUCCCUUAAUCACCAUUCUCGGUAUCAAAUGGACACUCGUUCUAUCCCAGAUUCCGUACCUUUUAUAUGUAGCGGCAAAUUAUUAUCCGAAAGCAUAUCUAAUGUAUCCAGCUGCUGCAUUGGUAGGCUUAGGUGCUGCACCGUUGUGGACAUCAAAAUGUAGUUAUUUGACAGAUACAGGAACGCUGUACGCCGAAAGCAAACGCGUUCAUAAAGAUGUGAUUGUCAACCGAUUCUUUGGUAUAUUUUUCAUGUUUUUUCAAUCGGGACAAGUAUGGGGAAAUCUAAUAUCGUAUUUAGUACUCAAACCGACAGAAGUAGCAGCAAAUGGAACCCGUGCAGAAUUGUCUGGAAAGUAUAAUAAAUGCGGAGCGGAUUUCAGUGAACAAGAAUAUAAAGGUGUGGCAGUUACUAAUCAAAUUGAUCGUAGAACAAUUGACGUUCUUUGUAUUGUCUAUGUUUGUAUCUGUGUAUUUUCGAUACUUACCGUUAUCAUCUUUCUCGAUCAACGUCGAAAAGCAUCGAAGGAAAAAAUCUCCGUUAUGCUUCGUCGAUCAGUGACCUUGCUUGUUUCAACUGUCAAACAUAUGCGUAACGUAAAUCAGCUACUUCUCAUUCCAUUGACAAUAUGGUCUGGUCUUGAACAAUCCUACCUUGGUGCACAAUUUACAAAAGGUUUUGUCUCUUGUACUCUUAACGCAAAAUACGUUGGGCUUAUUUUAAUUGCAUAUGGCAUAUGUGAUUCGAUUGGAAGUCUUAGUUUUGGUCAAUUGGUUAAGUACGUUGGUCGUUGGCCAUGUUUUCUCAUUGCUGCUUUGAUUAACUAUUCCCUAAUUAUCACGAUGUUCAUUUGGAAACCAUCAGAAGAUCAAAUCUAUGUUCUGUUCAUUCUCGCUGGUCUUUGGGGUUUAGGCGACGCUGUUUGGCAAACCCAAAUUAACGCAUUCUACGGUGUUAUAUUUGUUGAUAAUGACGAAGCAGCCUUCUCCAAUUAUCGCCUUUGGGAAUCCAGUGGCUUUGUCUUAUUUUAUAUCAUCACACCAUACAUUCGAAUACGAAUCGCUUUGAUUCUUCUAGUGAUAUUCUUAACAUUAGGUAUGAGUGGUUAUGGUGCAACAGAAUAUCGUCUACGAAAGAAUAAAAUUAAAUCGAAUCAAGUUGCACCACUGUCGUAA